CGGGCGGCUAGGGGGCGGUUACCACCCUAGCUGGACUCGCCCGGCACGUUGAGGGGGCCCCAGUGUGCGGCAGGAAAGGAGCGGAGCCUGAAGCAGCGCCGAAGGUCUUUCCGUAGACAACCGAAGCAAGGCUCCUACAAUCAAAAGUGCCUCAGUGCUAAGUCUUCGGGAAAAACUUACCUGAUCCAAUCUGCCAGACUUGGAAAAGGAAAGUGAGGAAUCCAGUAUCAUACUGUGAAGUGAGUGGCCAAGAUCCACCAGUUUGGUGCAUCAGAUCUUUGUUCUGGAAGAUCUCAAAGGUUUAUUUUAUUGCCCAUUUAUUUGCUCUAGGAGAGCGCAGAUGCACCAUGAUGAAACGUCAGAGACCUCUCAGCAGCAGUGAGAGUUCAGAUGAGUGUCCUUCCACUUCCUUUACUUCUAGCUCAAUGUAUAGGAAGAAGUCAAAAAAUCCUAAGGAACAUAAGAAGUCUGCUGAGGUAUUCCGAAAGGACCUCAUCAGUGCCAUGAAAAUUCCUGACUCUCACCAUGUUAAUCCUGACAGCUAUUACCUCUUUACUGACACAUGGAAAGAAGAAUGGGAAAAGGGAGUGCAAGUACCAGCCAAUCCAGACUCUGUUCCAACACCUUCUCUCAGAUCAAGAAAUAGAACAUUACCAACACCCCAGAAGCCUUUCUUCUGCUCCCUGCCAGUAACUGACCUCCCUCACCGUAGGAUUAUAUCUGAAAAAGUAAAGGAAGUUCUCUUUGUCCGGCCCCGGAAAUAUAUCCGUUGCUCCAGCCCAGAGUCUGCAGAGCCUGGCUAUAUCAAUACCCUAGAGCUGGCAGCAUCUACAUGCCGCUAUGACCUAGAUGACAUGGACACCUUCUGGCUUCAGGAACUCAAUGAAGACCUUGGAGAAAUGGGUUAUGGGCCAAUUGAUGAGACUCUUAUGGAAAAGACAAUAGAAGUUCUGGAACGCCACUGCCAUGAAAAUAUGAACCAUGCUAUUGAGACAGAAGAAGGGCUAGGAAUAGAAUAUGAUGAAGAUGUGAUCUGUGAUGUGUGCCGGUCUCCAGACAGUGAAGAAGGGAAUGAUAUGGUAUUCUGUGAUAAGUGUAACGUCUGUGUGCAUCAGGCUUGUUAUGGCAUCCUUAAAAUUCCAGAAGGCAGCUGGCUAUGUCGUUCCUGUGUCCUGGGCAUUUAUCCACAGUGUGUUUUAUGUCCUAAGAAAGGUGGAGCCAUGAAGACCACCAGGACAGGGACUAAAUGGGCUCAUGUCAGCUGUGCCCUGUGGAUUCCAGAGGUCAGCAUUGCUUGUCCUGAGAGAAUGGAACCUAUCACAAAAAUCUCCCAUAUUCCACCCAGCCGGUGGGCCUUAGUUUGCAGCCUGUGCAAGUUGAAGACAGGAGCUUGUAUUCAGUGCUCUGUGAAAAGCUGUAUCAUUGCCUUCCAUGUCACCUGUGCCUUUGAGCAUGGCCUAGAAAUGAAGACCAUCCUAGAUGAGGGUGAUGAAGUAAAGUUCAAGUCAUUUUGCAUCAAGCAUAGCCAAAACAAGCCGAAAGUUGGGGAGGCUGAGUACCACCACCACAGAGCUGCUGAGCAGAGCCAGGCAAAAAGUGAGAAAACCAGCCUGCGGGCACAGAAGCUUCGUGAACUAGAGGAAGAAUUCUAUACCUUGGUCCAGGUAGAAGAUGUUGCCAAAGAGCUGAGGCUAUCUGCGUUAACUGUCGACUUUAUCUAUAACUACUGGAAACUGAAGCGCAAAAGCAACUUCAACAAGCCAUUAAUUCCUCCAAAAGAGGAAGAGGAAAAUGGCUUGGUACAGCCAAAAGAAGAAAGCAUUCAUACUCGCAUGAGAAUGUUUAUGCACCUGCGGCAGGACCUAGAGAGGGUCCGAAAUCUAUGCUACAUGAUAAGCAGGCGAGAAAAGCUGAAACUGUCACACACCAAAGUACAAGAACAGCUCUUCGGUUUGCAAGUCCAGCUUAUCAACCAAGAAGUUACAGAAGGACUUUCUUUGACAAAUGCACUAGAGAACUCAUUGUUUUACCCACCACCACGAAUUACCUUAAAGUUGAAAAUGCCUAAAUCAACCUCAGAAGACUGCAGAGACAGCUCCACAGAAACCGAGAACCAACCUUCCUCUCCUGGCAGCAGCUCCCCUGGUCACAAUAAAAGGAGCCCACAGAUGCUUGAGGAGCCACUGGACACGAAUGUGAAAAUAUAUCCAAGACAUCCACUAGAAAUCAAGAGUAACUGUUUGCUGGCUAGCCACAGCCAUUCUCGAAGUGAAGCCAAGAGUUCCAGUCCUGCUCAGAGAACUCCAUCUGCAGAGUUCUAUCAUGGGCAAUCAUUAGGGAAGCCUCUGGCCCUUCAGGCUGCCCUCCAUGGACAGGCUUCUAUUGGUAAUGGGAAGAGUCAGCCUAACUCCAGGCUUGCCAGUUCCAAUGGCCUGGAGGGCAACUGGUCUGGGAACAUCACCCAGAAAGAUAAUUCAGAUGAGAUGUUCUGUGACCAGGAGUCCAUGCUCAGUUCCCACUUGCCCAGUCAGGGUAACAUUAGAAAAUCUGGCAUAGAACACUUCAGCAGGUCUUUUAAGGAAGCCACCAAUACAUGGGUGAGGCCCACUGAGGACCUCCAGUAUUGUGUUAAGCCAACUAAGAAUGUGAGCUCUAAGGAGCAGUUGUGGGGUAGACAGCUGCUCAGGCGGUCUACAGGAAGAGCUCCAUAUCAGGAAACCGAUGGGUAUUGCCCUGAUUUAGAGCCCAGCGAUUCAGAAGCGGAAGGGGAAGGGAAUAAAGAAACAGCAAGGGUAAAGAGAGAAAGUUCUGACAGAGAAAAUCCUUCUCAUGAGUCUGCUCGGGAGUGCCAUGGGAAAAGUAAGACACAUCCUCAUUCCCAUAGCUCAAUGCAAAGGUGAUCAGAAACACCUAAGGGUAACGCAGCCGUUGCCUUUGCCCCACAUACUAGGGGAAAUCUAAACACCAAAAGGAUUCUAGUGUAUUAGGAGGAAUUGCAGGGAAAAUGAUGGUUUGACGUUUUUUGAAAAGGUUUCAGGUCUAGUUUUUAUAAGCACAUUACAAGAGUUGCAGAUUGUCUGGGGUUGCUUUGUUGGAGGCUGCUGGGAAUAGUUGGGCCCAGAGUAUUUGCUCAGUAAGUACUUCGGGGCUGCUUUUUGGUUACAUUAAAACACUGAUUAAUCUACGUAUUAAGAAUCCUUGCAUUGUUGAUGGAUUUGCAAAAGAACAUGACAGACACUAAAACUACUUAUCUUUUGAAACUAUAACAUGUGACUCCUUAGCGCUCAUGUUUAUAGAAAAAUUCUAAUUCCACUGGUAUCUAUAAAACCUCUUCAAGGGAGAGACCAGGAGAGCAGCAUUCUCAGAUACUGUCACUUACUAUUGUCUUCCUUGCUUCAUGCAAGGUUGAGUUUCUUUCACAGUAUCGUAUCACAUAAAGUCAAUUCUCCUAAGUGUCCAGUGCCUGUUCCUAGACCUGCUUGCUGGGAACACACUCAUAACUCUCUUAUCCAGCUAACAAGCUAACUUGUGGAUAGUGUUUACAAAAGUACAGAAGUACUACUUCCAAGGAAAAUGCUCUGCUUCUCAAGGCAUUUGUGAAGACCUCCAGAGCCUUUCCCAAAGUGUGACCUUUUCUGGGAUAUUUGUGCCAGGUCAGGGUUUUUUUGUGUUGUUUUCAAAUAAGUUUGAAGUUUGGCUGACAGUUUUUGUAUACCUGCUUUAAUGUUUAUAAAAUUUUUAUUGAGGUAUAAUUAAAAUAUAGUGUAAUGCACAGAGGGUUAAGUAUUCUUACCUGCUUUAAUUUUGAAACAGAUUUUUAUUGUCAGACAAAUUUGAAAGCAUGUGUUUUAACACAUGGAUAUAAUUUAGCUUUGUAUGAAUUUUGAAACCAAGGCAAUUUCCCAAGCAUAAAAGUUGGAGCCAUUUUUCAGAACUUGCUUAUACCACAUUACCAAAUAAUCAGCCUUGAUUCAUUUCUAGAGGAAGAGAAUUUUGAAGCAGAGGAUGAAACAGGUUUGCUUCCCAUUUAAGAAAAAGGGGGAAGUAGCAGUUUGUAAAAAUGUGAGGCAGACUGUAAUUCUCAGCUCCCUUUUCUUCUUAGCCUUAAAAUAAUAUUCUCUUUCUUCUAGUUUGGGAACAUAUAGAGAGAUUUUUCAAACAAGAGGCCAUUUUCAAUUUCUUAAGUUUAAUGCUGGUGAAAGAAGCCAGCUGCAGUAGGUGCCAGUGAGAGGGCAAUAGCCCUCUAGCCAAUGCUGUGGAGCAGUUUGCCUCUCUCCCACUUUCGUUCAUAGAACCUCGUUAAAGGCUUCUUUGGGGUUUUGUUUUCUCCUUUUUUUUUUUUUUUUGAAAACUUUUAUAUUUUGCCUCUCCUUUGGCUGCAUCUUCAAAAUGUUUCUUUUGUGCCUAUGAACAUGUGUGAACAUAAUAUAACGUGUAGUAGGUGUCCUGUAUUUUGUUUUAGUUGAAAAAUGAGGAAGAGAAUUUCCUCUUAAUACCCUCAGCCUCUGCUUAUUUGAAUACUCAUAGGUACAUACAAAUUUGACACUUUCAUGGUAAUGAGAGUAUAAUGGAGGUGAGUGGUAAGUUCCUUACAUUAAAGGCCAGUCAAUUGCCUGUGUCCUUUCAUGCCUUUGAAUUCUGAGUAUGGGGGAUGGGGGGAAGCAAACAUGAAAACAGUGCUUUAGCCAAAUUCCAUAUGUAAUGCCAUUGGGAGAGUAUUGCCUGAAAUAUCAUUCAAGUCAGGGAGAUAAAAUGGUAAUAUUUUUACAGAAUAUUCCUGGGUAAACAAAUGAGCCUUCAGUUUGUAUACAUUCCAAAUGCCCCAAACUGCAUCUGCAACAUUUUGUUCUUUGAAGUAUUACCUCUUAACCUUUGUUAAUGUUUUUCCGUCUUGUCUUAUAUAAUUCAAGUUUUGAAGAUAAAAUCAAUCUUUUUUCAAAUGUCACCUUUUUAUCAAUACUUUUUCAUUAAAUUAUGAAAACUGUUAA